AUGGGAUUGACUAAGACCAAGUUUGUUUUCAUACUGCAGUUCAUAGCCCAUCGAUUGGGACUCAUACCGAUAAAGUCUGAUGAAGUUAGCAAAUUAGACUACACACGCGAUUGCACAUGUGAUGAUUAUUGUGACCGGUGUUCGGCCAUCUUGACUCUGAAUGUGGUCUGUACCGAAGAGGGUAUAGUGCAGAAUGUAACGACAAAGGAUUUGAUUGCCGAAAGUAGUGAUUUCGUGCCCAUCAGCACACGCGGCGAAGAUAACGCAUACGACGACAGUGAUGAUAUACUUAUAGUGAAGUUGAGAUUGGGUCAGGGCAUUAAAAUCAAAUGUAUAGCCAAGAAGGGUACGGGGAAAGAGCACGCUAAAUGGAGCCCGUGCGCGGCAAUUGGGUUCGAGUACGACCCUGAUAACGCACUACGACACACAGUGCUUGAAUUUCCAGAAGAUUGGCCGAAGAGUGUAUAUUCUGAACACGGCCAAGGGGAAAACAACAGCAAGAUGGUGGAAGCCGAACACGACUUUAACUUCCCAUUAGACACAUUCUAUUUCAACGCUGAGAGCACCGGAUCCUUACCUGCAUAUGAUAUACCCAUGUUGGCAGUGAGAGAACUCAGGAACAAGUUAGAGAAUCUCAACAGAGAAUUGCGAGAAUUGGUCAAACAAACGUCUUUUGACUAGUCUGUAUUCUUUUAAAAUGCAAAAUAAAUAAUAAGCCCCCAGUUGGUCUCAAAUAAUUG